CGCCUCACUGGCAGGAGCUAUGGUUGGACCCAUACCCGCACACAUUGAAGGUGAACUCCAGAUGAAAUUGGGCUACGAUCAAACGUCAUUACAGUUGAUUGUAACGAUUGUUUGUGCCAGCGGUUUGACGUUGCGUCAAACUGGUGCAGCCAGAAAUCCUUAUGCAAAAGUGUUCCUUUUACCCGAUCGUGGUACAAAAUCCAAAAGACGCACGAAAACAUUAGCCAGUACCUGUGAACCGCGUUGGGGUCAAACAUUUAUUUACAGUGGUUUGAGGCGUUGCGAUUUAGCCGGCAGAUAUUUAGAGGUCACUCUAUGGGAUUACGUGCGUUACGGUGCUAAUGACUUUAUUGGCGAAGUGGUUAUUGAUUUGGCCCAUCAUUCAUUGGAUGAUGAAGCGGAUUGGUAUAAAUUACAACCACACCAGGAUACCUCAUAUCUCGCCCCCGGUGCUCCCAGUGGCUAUUUUCGUCGUAAUGGUGCCCCAACGACCGGUCCUGGUGGCAUGAGUCUUAGCCAGCGUAGCCAUUCGGCGGCACCCGGUGAUGUCUAUCACAGCGGUUAUUAUCGCAGUACAAGUCCACGUCGUGGUUCCCUGUCACCACCAGAAUAUCGGGGACACGAUAUAGGUAGUAUACCACCAUAUAGUGGUGUCACAUCAUCAUCGAUUGUUGCGCCGUACGAUAGUGGUGUCGUUGGCUCGGCAUCACAGCAACAACGCUUCCAAUCGCGCUCGGCGACUGCCACACCAACGGGUUCACCGAAAAAGAGACAACUGCCAAAGGUCCCCCAAACAUCACGCAGCGCCAUGAUACGUGAUCGUUUGGGUCAAGAAUUUGACGAACGUUUAUCUUCGGGUAACGGUCGUUUUGGUCGACAUCGCACACGUCAACCGCAUCAUCAACCACUAUAUCGUAGUACUGGUGGUGGUGGCUGGGAGCGACACUAUACGGGGCUCUCGGACAGUGAUCUACACUCAAUGGAGACGCGAAUGCGACCACGACAUUCGCUAUCGCCCGACAAAGAUUAUAUGGGCGAUUUUGGUGAUUCGGAUAUUGAGUCAUUGGUUAGUGUGACCUCGAGUUCGUUUUCAACACAAUCGGAAAGGUUAAGAGGGUCACGUGGACUCAGUGAAUAUGUUGAUCCGAAACCGGAUGGUGAAGGUGCCGAUGGUGCUAAAAAAGAAGAAGGCAAUCCGGAUGAUAAAGUCGAUGGCAGUCUAUCCGAUACGGCGCAAGAUCGUAAAAAAGGUGCUGCGGACCAAGAACGUUCCCCCAAAAGUGGCAGUGGCAUGGGUAAAAAAUCCAACUCCACAUCCCAGCUAUCAGCAACAGGUCGUAAAAGACGUAUGGGCUUUGGAAAGAAGGGAAAAAGCUCAUUUACGGUGAAUCGCAGUGAAGAAGUAAUACCAGGUGAGAUACGAGGGGUACUGUCGCGUGGCUCAUCUUCUGAAGCCGAUGGCGGUCCAGAUGGCUUAGGUCCAAAUACCGGAGCCGAUAGCGGGGACAGAUUCUCACCCACCAUGAGAGCUGAUGAACAAAUCAAUCAAUUUGUCGAAGGUCUGGGACCGGGCCAAUUGGUUGGACGCCAGGUGCUGGGUGCUCCCUCGCUGGGCGAUAUCCAAUUAUCGCUGUGCUAUCAGAAAAAUUGCCUAGAAGUAGAGGUGAUCAGAGCCAGAGGUUUGCAGCAAAAACCCACCUCGAAAAUGUUACCAGCCCCAUAUGUCAAAGUUUAUUUGGUAUCGGGUAAAAAAUGCAUGGACAAAAUGAAAACUUCCACGGCUCGGCGAACGUUGGAGCCAUUGUAUCAACAGCAAUUGGUGUUCCAGAAUUGCAAUACAAAAGGCUGUAUAUUACAAGUUACCGUUUGGGGCGAUUAUGGCCGCAUCGAAAAGAAAGUCUUUAUGGGCGUUGCCCAAAUAAUGCUCGAUCAAAUCGAUUUAUCAAAUGGCAUUGUGAUUGGCUGGUAUAAACUAUUCGGCACCACCUCACUGAUGUCUGCCACUUAGCGACCUAAUAUUGGAUAAAAACAGAAUUAAUGAUUAUUAGCGACGAUGGUGAUGAUGAUGAUGAUGAAAAUACUGAAAAUGAUGAUGACGAGCA